GCAAUGCUGAACCCACUACCAGGCAAGCGAGGCCUUGGUUUUCAGCAACGCUGGUUUUCCUCAAACGUGAUCUAGGACUCCCUAAGGGAAAGUUUGGAUUUGCUUACGAGCAAACGAGGACCUUUUACCUCUGGAUGGCUCACCAGGACAUGGCCCCUGAUGCUGCUUCAUCCUCUGCCUCUGCUAAAUUUUCCCUCAAGAAAUAUGAUGUUUUUAUCAGCUUUAGGGGUGAAGACACUCGUGCCAACUUCACGAGCCAUCUUUAUGAAGCUUUCUGCAGGAAGAAAAUAAGAACAUACAUAGACUCCAAACUUCCCAAAGGAGAUGAGAUCUCAGCUGCACUUACGCAAGCAAUCAAGGAUUCCUACGCCUCUGUUGUGGUAUUCUCAGAAAAUUAUGCUUCUUCUAGAUGGUGCUUGGAUGAACUCACCCACAUACUUCAUUGCAAAAGGGUUCAAGAACAGAUUGUUAUUCCAGUAUUUUAUAAAGUUGAGCCCUCUCAUGUGAGAAAUCAGACUGGCCUUUACAAGCAAGCAUUUGAGACCUAUGAGAGAGACGUCAAGGUCAACCAACACAAGGUGCAAAUGUGGAAGCAUGCGCUCAAUGAAGCUGCAAACUUAGCUGGUUAUGACUCACACACAUUCAGGGAUGAAUCUGAACUGAUUCAAAAGACUGUCAAAGACAUAUUGCAGAAGUUGAGUCACAAAUAUCCACCUGCUGAUUUGAAAGCACUUGUCGGUAUUGAUGAAAAGUGCAGGGAGAUUGAAUUAUUGUUAAGAGAUUUUGAAACCAUUGGAAUUUGGGGCAUGGGGGGUAUUGGCAAAUCAACCGUUGCCAAAACUAUAUUUGUCAAAUACUCUUCCCAUUAUGAAGGCUCUUGCUUCUUGGAAAAUGUAAGAGAAAAGUCCGAAAAUGGACUUGCUGAAUUACGUUAUAAGUUUAUCUCCUGUUUAUUAAAGGAAGAAGAUACUUGUACUGAUCCUUUAACAACUUUUGUUCUAUCUAGACUUAGUCGUAUGAAAGUUUUUGUUGUUCUUGACGAUAUCAGUACUGUGGAGCAAUUAGAAUAUUUGGUGGGAGAACCAUUUUGCUUUGGGCUAGGAAGUAAAAUUCUCAUCACAACUAGGGACAAGCAUGUGCUUAGCAAAGGAGUUGAUGAAAUAUAUAAGGUUAAGGAAUUGGACUUCCACCAAUCCCUUAAACUUUUCAGCUUGAAUGCCCUCAACAAAAAGGGCAGUUGCUUAUGCAAAAGGAAUUCCAUUGGCUUUAAAAGUUUUGGGUUCAUAUCUCCGUGGCAAAAGUGAGGUUGAAUGGAAUAGUGCAUUGAGAAAACUUGAGAAGACUCCCCAUGAAAACAUUCAAAGAGUGUUGAGAUUGAGUUAUGAUGGACUGAAUCAUGAAGAAAAGAACAUAUUUCUAGAGAUUGCAUGCUUUUUGAAGGGAAUGUUGAAAGAACAUGUGAUCAGCCUAUUGGAUUGCUACA